AUGGUGACUUUCAUGGAAGAGUCACACCGUCGCAAAUCGGAUGGAACGUUUGUGGAUAAAAAGGCGGAAGCAAUUGCUCAAAGAUGUAGAGCUGCACAUGAGGAGAAGCUCACCCAACUAUCUCAACUUUCAGAUACUCCUCCAGAUUACCAAUUAUCCGUCGCCGAGAAAGAUGAAAUAUUUCGCUCGCAAGUGGAGAUUAAAAAGGGACGUAGAUUUGGAGUUGGAUCAAUACCUUUUGACGAUGUUGGAGCAGGAUCAAGCUCAGCUUCACAUGCAUCACAAGCAGAAAUGACUGCAGCAAAUGAGCAAAUAGCAGCAUUAAAAUCUGAAAUGAAGCAAAUGCAUUUUUGGUGUGAGUUGAUGGUCCGACAAUAUCCAAACGCCGUUCCUCUUCCAGGUCCAAGUUCGCAAAAUCCAACUGGACAGAGUGAAUCAGAUAACUUUGAUUUCGAUUUUGGUCGAUCAUGA